CUCUGGGCGGAGAGGUGGAGGAGGAAGAGGAGGAGGAAGAGCGGAGGAGGGCGCGGACUGUCACCGGGCCCAGAGCUCCAGCGGAGGGUUGAGAUUUUCCUCCGUGGCCGGGCGGUGGGAGGAGGUGGCGAACGGUGUUUGAGGACGGGUAAAGGUGCGAGUGAAAGCCGCCGGGGGGGACCAGGAGCUCGGCGUGCUGCUGCCGCUGGGAGCCGCUCAGCAUCAACAUGGAGCUGGAGAACAUCGUGGCCAACACAGUGCUGCUCAAAGCACGGGAAGGCGGCGGCGGGAACAGAAAAGGAAAAAGCAAGAAGUGGAAGCAGAUGCUGCAGUUUCCACACGUCAGUCUGUGUGAGGAGCUGCGACAGACCACAGAGAAGGACUACAGCAGCCUGUGUGAGCGGCAGCCCAUUGGUCGGUUACUCUUCAGGCAGUUCUGUGAGACUCGACCAGAACUGAGACGAUGCGUCAAGUUCCUGGACGCUGUGGCCGAGUACGAGGUGACGCCGGAUGAGAAGAGGAAGGAAUGCGGUCAGGAACUCAUCGACAAAUACUUCAACCCAACGUCGGAGGACCGAGUGUCGGAGGUGGAGGAGGCCAUGAUGGACGGAUGCAGCGAGCGUCUGCAGCAGGACGCCUGCAAGGAGCUUUUUAAGGACUGUACCAAAUUGAUCCACGACUACCUGUCCGUGGCGCCGUUCGCCGACUACCUCGACAGCAUGUACUACAACAGGUUCCUGCAGUGGAAGUGGCUGGAGAGGCAGCCGGUGACCAAAAACACGUUCAGACAGUACAGAGUUUUAGGAAAAGGCGGCUUUGGAGAGGUGUGUGCGUGUCAGGUACGGGCGACGGGGAAAAUGUACGCCUGCAAGAAGCUGGAGAAGAAAAGGAUAAAGAAGAGGAAAGGCGAGUCGAUGGCGCUCAACGAGAAACAAAUCCUGGAGAAAGUCAACAGCAGAUUUGUAGUGAGUUUAGCGUACGCCUACGAGACCAAGGACGCUCUGUGCCUCGUGCUGACCCUCAUGAACGGCGGCGACCUGAAGUUCCACAUCUACCACAUGGGUGAGGCGGGGUUCGAUGAGAGGAGAGCGAUUUUCUACUCCGCUGAGAUCUGCUGUGGCCUCGAGGAUCUGCAUCGAGAGCGAAUCGUCUACAGAGACCUGAAGCCAGAAAACAUCCUGCUAGACGACCACGGCCACAUCAGGAUAUCAGAUCUGGGUUUAGCCGUUUACGUUCCAGAAGGACAAACCAUCAAAGGCAGAGUGGGAACAGUGGGAUACAUGGCUCCAGAGGUGGUGAAGAACGAGCGGUACACCUUCAGCCCCGACUGGUGGGCGCUGGGCUGCCUGCUGUACGAGAUGAUCGAGGGCCAGUCGCCCUUCCAGCAGAGGAAGAAGAAGAUCAAGAGGGAGGAAGUGGAGCGGCUGGUGAGGGAGGUGGAGGAGGAAUACUCCGGAAAGUUCUCCGAGGACGCCAAGUCCCUCUGCAAAAUGCUGCUGGCCAAAGAUCCCAGCGAUCGCCUCGGCUGUUUGGGCGGCUCAGCCUCCGAGGUCAAAGCUCAUUCCAUCUUCCGCUCCAUCAACUUCAAACGGCUGGAGGCCGGCAUGCUGCAGCCGCCCUUCAUCCCCGACCCUCAGGCCAUCUACUGUAAAGACGUGCUGGACAUCGAACAGUUCUCCACAGUUAAAGGAGUAGAACUGGAACCCAAAGACGAGUCCUUCUACAGCAAAGUGUCCACGGGCAGCGUUUCUAUUCCUUGGCAGAACGAGAUGAUCGAGACCGAGUGUUUCGAUGAGCUGAAUGUUUUCGACCAGGACGGGACGGUUCCCCCAGACCUGGACUGGAGAGGCCAGCCGUCGCCUCCGCCCAAACAGGGGCUGCUGCAGCGGCUGUUCGGCCGACAGGACUGCUGUGGUAACUGCAGCGACAGCGACGACGAGCCCACCCGGCUGUGACCCCCAAACACGCCGUCUGAUUUGUUUACAACCUUUUUGCACAUUUGUAUUUUUACGGUAGUCCUCUCUCUAAAAAGAAAAAGAAAAAAAACGUCAGAAUGUAUAUUUUCAGCCUCGCCACGAUGUUUAAUGUUAUUUAAAAACCUGCUGUCGACCGAGACGGACGUAAAACUCCUUCCUCUUUUUGUUUUUGUUGGGCUUUUGUUUUGUUUUUUCGUCCGUGGGGAGGCUUUGCUUUCACAUGAACUCGGACUCUGAGAGCCGAGCAGCCUCUCUGGAACGACGCCUGCUGUAGAAGUGCCUUGCUGGAGGGCACCGCGGUCGCCGAGGCGGGACUGGAACCGGCCUCCACUCCGACCCACCUCAACGCUUGGUUUUUUAUUCUCGUUUGCCGGGACGUCGCGGUUUCCGACGUUCGAUGCCGGAACCAUAAAGUCCACACCUGCAGAUAUUUUUUUAAUCACUUUUAGAAAUUUUUCCGAUGGAUUUCUUGAGACAAUCGCGGCUCCGGUUACUGUCGUCAGUUUUAACCGAAAAGAGUCCAGAUUUUACAGAAACACUGAGAUAAUUGACUCCCUGUAACGCCUUGUUGUGCCUUUAUUUUUCUUUAACUUCACCUGAAAUGAACAAGCAAAGAUUUUAAACCAUUUACCUGAAUUUACCCUCACUUUCAAACAGUUUCUUGGGAAUUUUCCAGUGACAAAAAGUGUGAUUUGCUACCAACUACAGGUCGACUUUUCAGAGCAGGGUCAUUGUUUUUAAACUUAAUAAACCUCUGAACCCCAAACCUUAAAAGACAUCUUUUCCUUUUUUUAAAAUGAAUAAAUUUACCCCAUUAAUCAGAGCCAGAAGCUAACAAAAACAAAGAAUCAUUAAGUUUUCAGCUUUCUGAUGACGGCCCUUGAACGUAUCGUCGGCUAUGUUCGGUUCUGUCAUUUAAAAAAAAAAGCCAAAUCUCAGCUUAAAAUCAUGAUAUUCAUCAACUUUAUUUUUGUUGAAUUCUGAUAAAAACAAAACAAGAAGCCACAACUGACUCCGCUUUGACCAACAAUCAUGUGACUGAAAUAGGUUGAAGUGCAGGCCAUGUUUCUACAAGAGAGAGAAAAUGAGUUCAGAAACAAAUUGAGAGUAAAACAAAACAAUAAAAUAAAAGCAGCAUGGCUCAGACACGGUGAACAGAGCAGCAGGUUGUUGGAAGAUACAUUCAGCAUGGUGAAACGCCUUUCCAGAAAUGACUCAAAACUGGACUAAAAAUGGUCCAAAGUGACUCAAAUUGUCCAAAAUUGCACAACAACAGCUAUUUUAAACAUAAUUUGAGUAAUUUUGAAUUACUCUGAUACAAUUUAGAGCUUUUUUCAAGUUAUUUGGGACCAUUUUGAGUCAGUCUGGACAUUUUUUGUUACUUUCUAGACAUUUUGAGUCAUUUUUUAACCAUUUUAUUGUUGCUUUGAUCAAGUUAUUUUAGAAAAGCUUUGAGUCAUUUUGGGCAAUUUUAGACUAAGAUGAGAAUAUCUUGUUUACCAGAUGAAUAAAAUAAAUGCAGCAUGGCUCAGAAACGGUGAACAGAGCAGCAGGUUGUUGAAGAUACAUCCAGCAUGGAGAAACAUCUUUCUACAGAUGACUCAAAACUGUCUAAAAAUUGUCCAAAAUAACAAAAUACUUGCCUUAGAUUAGUCAAAUUGUUUGUAGUGACUCAAAAAUUAACAUUUUAAACUCAUUUCAAGUUAUUUUUUGAGAAGUUUCAGUCCAGUUUUAAGUCUCUGCUCAUCACCUCUAGAAAGAUGUUUCACCAUGCUGAAUGUAUCUUCAACUACUUGCUCCUCUGUUCACUGUUUCUGAGCCAUGCUGCAUUUAUUUUAGUGAUCCAGUUUGUUUUAUUUUGAGUUGUCAGAUUAUUUGGUGUAAUUUUUGAGUAAUUCAGAAACGGUGAACAGAGCAGCAGGUUGUUGGAGAGACAUUCCCCAUGGUGAAACAUCUUUCUAGAGUUGACUCAAAAUCGGACAAAAAAUUGUCCAAAAUGUCUCAAAAACUAUCAUUUGGAACUAAAUCUAAGUAAUUUUAAACUCAUUUACAGUCAUUUAGGACAGUUUUCAGGUUGUUUUUGGACACUUUUUGUUACUUUAGAGAGAUUUAUAGUUCUGUUAGACAAGUUUCAAAACAUUUAGGACAAUUCUAGACUGAGAAGAAAAUCAAACCUACUGGACGAAUAAAAUAAAUGCAGCAUGUCCCAUACACAGUGAACAGAGGAGCAAGUUGUUGGAAGAAACAUCUUUCUGAUGUGCAAAAUAGCGUGAAGACCACAGUUUUUAGAGGCUGUAAAAAUGUAAAUAGUUAAAUAUCUAUAACAUGAAGAGCCACAAAUAUUCCUCAGUGUUGGAGGACAAUUCGGAGAAAUGUUGAUUCCACUUUUUUUCAUGAUUAAAACUGCAUCGUACAGCAGAGAAGACGUUUCUGAGUUCUAUACUCUUCUAGUCCUGGUUGUUCUGUUUCCAUAGAUGUGCAGGACGUCAUAUUGCAGUUAUAAAUGAGCCCUCUGUGAUCAAAAAACGUGACAGGAGACAAAAAUAGAAGCUGCUCGGGGAUCAGAAGGUUGAAUUAAAUGGUUUUCCAAAGAAUUCAAAGACUCAAAGUCGCCGAAAUUACAUCAGACUGCACUUAAGUCAAAGAAUGUAUCACAUACAGCACAAAAUGCACUUAAAUCUUAGUAAACUCUGCAUUUAAAGGAGGUUUUGACUACAGAUCUGAGUAUUUUCUCUCAGCGUUUCUGUUUAAUUUUCAUUUUUUACUUCCUUUUUUGCCGCCUUUUUGGUUUUUACUUUUGCUUCGAGCGGUUGGUUGGCGGUCUGAUGGUUUCCAGACACCUUCAGAGAAAUGUCCAAAGAUUUGUCCGUCCACGUCAGGAACAGAAACCGAAACGACGAGAGUAACCGGAGCCGAACCAAGAGACUGAAACUUUGGUGAAAAACUUCAGCUGGACCUGCUGCAGUCAACGGCUUCUUUAAGAAAACGGCCUCUGAUUUUAAGCUAUUAAAGUGAAAUACCUCUGAAUGUACAAA